CUGCAAACAAAAAAUCGCACACUGCAAACAAACGUCCAAAAGCCUUCGCGCGCAGGAGUAGCUUGCGUGACGCUAAGGGGCGGUUGCAUAGGAAACUUGGAAGCUUUCUACCGCAGAAAGAGUCAUGUCCACUUCAUUACCGAAUGGUUCGGAAAGAGAGUUAAUAGAACAUUACUUCCAUAAGGGAUUUCAAUACAAGGAGAUCAUUCUUUUGUUGGAAAAAUACCACAAUAUCAGCAUUACAAUAAGAACCUUGAAGCGAAGGUUGAGUGCUUAUGGUCUUAAACGUCUUAAUGAAUUUGACACAAACGAUGUGCAGCACAUCAAAGAGAUAAUUGCUCGUGAAAUACAAAAUGGGCCUCAGAGCCGCAAUGGAUAUCGUUCGAUGUGGCAUGUUCUACGACUUAGAUAUCAUAUCCAUGCCCCAAGACAUAUGGUAGCCUCAUUCAUCGAAAAUGCUGGAGGUUGCCCUGCACGUGUCUACUCUGAUCAUGGAACUGAAAACGGGAUUAUUGCAGCUAUGCAGUGCUAUUUUCGUUCUGACGGCUUGGAUGAAUAUGCUGGUACCAAAGCACAUAAAUACGUGCCAAGUACGAGCAACCAAAGAAUCGAAUGUUUCUGGUCCUCAUUUAGAAAACAACGUUCUGGCUGGUGGAUAGAUUUUUUUAACGAUCUUCAUGAAUCUGAUAUUCUUGAUUUGUCAAGUGAGAUUCACAGAGAGGCUUUGUGGUUUUGCUUUGCAGAUUUGUUGGAAAGUGAGUUAGAAAAAAUGAAAGACUAUUGGAACACUCAUCGAAUCAGAAAGUCGAAGUAUGCAGCAGUUGCUGGUUCCCCUGAUAUUAUGUACUUUUUACCCGAGGAAUUUGGACAGACAGAUUGUUUAUUCCAAGUUCCUUCCCAAAAGCUUGUUGAAAUGAAAAGCAAACUAGAUUCUGCACUAGAGCAAGAUGACCCAAUUUGGGAAGAAUAUUUCAUUUAUGUUAUGGAUAGWAAUGGUCUAUCACCACCAGCAACUGUACAAGAAGCAGGUACAUUAUUUCAAUCCCUGGUGACCUAUGCAAAGUAG